GUCGUCAUUAUUUUUUUAUUCAUUUCUCUAUCAAUCAAAAUAAUUUUUGCAGUAAUAAAAUGGAUGCUUGUAAAAAUAGUAUAUUAGUCCUGCUGUGGUGAAUUCGUUAGGUGACUUGAUAACAAAUUUGAUAUCAUCGGAGCAUCGAACGAUCUCAAUUUCUGUAUUCAGUUCCAUGGAUGUGAGUUUGAAUAAUUCAACAUGACAUCUGGGACGACUUUAGAAAAAGCAAUCGAUUUAGUGACUAAGGCCACAGAACAAGAUCGUGAAAAGAACUACGAGGAAGCUUUACGUUUAUACGAACAUGCGGUGGAAUACUUUUUGCACGCUAUAAAAUAUGAAGCUCAAGGAGAUAAGGCUAAGGAAAGCAUUCGAGCGAAAUGCCUACAGUACUUGGAUAGAGCCGAGAAGUUGAAAGCGUAUUUGAAGAAAAACAAGAAAAAGACUCCGGUUAGCGACGGAGAACCGAAAAAUGGCGAAAAGAAAAACGGAGAAAGCGACAGCGACGAACAAGACGACGACCCGGAGAAAAAGAAAUUACAGUCGCGUUUGGAAGGCGCCAUUGUUAUGGAGAAACCCGAUGUUAAAUGGUCAGAUAUCGCAGGCUUAGAGGCGGCAAAAGAAGCUCUAAAAGAAGCUGUCAUUUUGCCAAUCAAAUUCCCUCAUUUGUUUACCGGAAAAAGGAUACCGUGGAAAGGGAUUUUACUAUUCGGGCCUCCUGGUACUGGUAAAUCGUAUUUAGCCAAAGCUGUCGCUACUGAAGCCAACAAUUCGACGUUUUUCUCGGUCUCUUCAUCGGAUCUGGUAUCCAAAUGGCUCGGCGAAUCGGAAAAAUUGGUUAAAAAUUUAUUCGAAUUGGCUCGCCAACAUAAACCUAGUAUCAUCUUUAUCGACGAAGUCGAUUCGUUAUGUUCGUCGCGAUCGGAUAACGAAUCUGAAUCUGCGAGGCGAAUUAAAACCGAAUUUCUCGUACAAAUGCAAGGCGUGGGAAAUGACAACGACGGAAUAUUGGUUUUGGGCGCAACCAACAUACCUUGGGUAUUAGACGCGGCUAUCCGAAGACGUUUCGAAAAACGUAUUUAUAUUUCAUUACCGGAAGAACAUGCUAGAUUGAUGAUGAUCAAAUUACAUUUGGGUAACACUUCUCACGAAUUGACUGAAGAUAAUUUCAAAGAGUUAGCCGCCAAAACCCAUAGAUAUUCCGGUGCCGAUAUCAGUAUCGUAGUUCGUGACGCAUUAAUGCAACCAGUUCGUAAGGUACAAACUGCUACCCAUUUCGUGAAGAGGAGAGGACCGAGUAGAUCAAAUCCGGCCGUAGACGUUGACGAUCUUCUAACACCUUGUUCUCCAGGCACUCCUGGUGCCAUUGAAAUGUCAUGGGUCGAUGUACCAAGUGAUAAAUUGUUCGAACCUCCUGUUACGAUGAAUGAUAUGCUGCGUUCUUUAGCCACCCAGAAACCUACCGUUAACGACGAAGAUAUGGCGAGGUUAAAUAAAUUCACAGAAGAUUUCGGUCAAGAAGGAUGAACACGUCGAUCGAUAUACCGCGAAUGGUUUCCUCUUUUUUUUUUUUUUGAAAAUAAAAUGUAUAUCUAUGCAUCUUCUUUAUAUAAAUUUAUUAUUUAAAAUUAUUUCCUGCUCUCCCGCUUCGGUGUAUUUUCAGUCUCUCACCUUUCAACUCAACAUAUUAUCAACACUAUGUUUUUGGCUCGUUGAUGUAAUUCUAAUCGUAUUCAUUAAGAGUAUAAGACGUAAUGUAACGCAAGACGAAUAAGGUGUAAAGAGAACUUAGGCAUUAUAAGAGUAAGUUACAAGGUACUUGAGUUUAUUUUUCGUAUUUUGUUUCUUAUUGUUCUUUGUUAUACUUUGAACGUGUACGAUUACGCUGAACGAACCGAAUACCUAUAUUAAAUUUUUUUUACUGGUACCAACUUACGUACCUCUAGACUUACUUACGAUAUUAUCGAGUUCUACCAAAAUGUAAGUGUGAGUGUGUGUGUGUAAGUAGUACCUAUAAACCUAAUGCAUGUUAUUAUCUAAAACGAAAUUUUAUAUACUGAAUAUACCAAUAAUUUAUGUGUAA